AUGUGGCGUGGACAUUUUAUUUUCUUCUUCUUCUUCCCUUUCAAUACAUUUAUCAAAUUGAACGUUCCCAAGAGAAAGUCAACCCAACAGAGAGAUAAUCUCUCUUGCAUCUCAACUGAGUCUGUUCAUAUGUAUCUCUCUAUGCAUGUUCAUAUGUAUGUAUGUAUCUAUCUAUCUAACUAUUUAUCUCUGUUCAUAUCUAUGUAUCUAUCUCAUUCUCUUCACAUUUGUGUAUCUGUCAUGGCCUGUUCAUAUCUAUGUAUCUAUCAUGGCCUGCUCAUAUCUAUCUAUCUAUCUAUCUAUCUAUCUCAGUCUGUUCAUAUCUAUCUAUCUAUCUGUCUAUGCAUGUUCAUAUGUAUGUAUGUAUCUAUUUAUCUCUGUUCAUAUCUAUGUAUCUAUCACAUUCUCUUCACAUCUGUGUAUCUAUCACUGUCUGUUCAUAUCUCUGUAUCUAUCAUGGUCUGCAUCUAUCUAUCUAUCUAUCUAUCUAUCUAUCUAUCUAUCUAUUUAUCUAUUCCAGUUUCUUUAUCUAUCUAUCUAUCUCAGUCUGUUUAUGUCUAUCUAUCUAUCUAUCUAACUAUCUAUCUAUCUAUGCAUGUUCAUAUGUAUGUAUGUAUCUAUUUAUCUCUGUUCAUAUCUAUGUAUCUAUCACAUUCUCUUCACAUCUGUGUAUCUAUCACUGUCUGUUCAUAUCUCUGUAUCUAUCAUGGUCUGCACAUCUAUCUAUCUAUCUAUCUAUCUAUCUAUCUAUUCCAGUUUCUUUAUCUAUCUAUCUAUCUCAGUCUGUUUAUGUCUAUCUAUCUAUCUAACUAUCUAUCUAUCUAUGCAUGUUCAUAUGUAUGUAUGUAUCUAUUUAUCUCUGUUCAUAUCUAUGUAUCUAUCAUGGUCUGCAUAUCUAUCUAUCUAUCUAUCUAUCUAUCUAUCUAUCUAUCUAUCUAUCUCAGUCUGUUCAUGUCUAUCUACCUGUCUUGGUAUGUUCAUAUCUAUCUACCUAUCUGUUUUUAUUUAUCUAUGUAUCUCGGUCUGUUAUUAUCUAUCUAUAUGUCUUGCUAUCUAUUUAUCUAUCUCUGUUCAUAUCUACCUAUCUACCACUCUCUAUUCAUAUCUAUAUAUCUAUCUUGGUCUGUUUUUAUCUAUCUAUCUAUCUAUUUAUCUAUCUAUCUCAGUCUGUUCAUGUCUAUCUAUCUAUCUGUCUAUGCAUUAUUUUCCUCUACAACUGUGUUUGUCUUGAUUCAUACACCGACACGCGGGAAACUCACAACAUCUCAACACUAUCUAUCUAUCUAUCUAUCUAUCUAUCUAUCUAUCUAUCUAUCUCAGUCUGUUCAUGUCUAUCUAUGUCAGUCUGUUCAUAUCUAUCUAUCUAUCUAUCUCAGUCUGUUCAUAUCCCUCUAUCUAUCUUGGUCUCUUUAUGUAUAUCAAUCUUUCUCUGUUCAUAUCUAUUUACGUAUCUAUCUUGUUUUGUUCAUUUCUAUCUACCUCAGUAUGUUCAUAUAUAUAUAUCUAUCUCUGUAUGUUCAUGUCUAUCUAUCUAAGUCUCUUCAUAUCUACCUACCUAUCUAA